UUUUUCGAAGAAAUGAGAGCGUUGUUUCUCCGUGCCGCCGAGAAAAUAUCCGCCGGUGAUCGAUUGUUGCACUGGGAAUUACUCGUCGACGACGAAUGUUCUAAUAUUCUCUCAGCUCCCAGUAUCCACGAAUCUACUGCGAGUAGAGCGAAGUAUUCGAUUACGAAUAAAUCGUUCGAAGAAUUAACGGCGGAGGAUACCGAGCGUGCGUCCCGAGGAAACCAGCUUCCCUCCGUCCAGGAGAGCUCGAACGGUCGAGAUGGCAGAAACAGUACGGUGAAUAAUUCGCCGGGGAAAUCCUCAGACAAGAUUUCGCUAAUCCAACACGCAGACGCAGUGAUUCGAUCUUAUGAUUUAACGACCCCGAACACCGCAUUGGACAUUAUUAUCGAUGCGACGUACAGCAUGUAAAUUUAGAAUACCGUUACUUCGAAUGUUUCUUAUCGCUUUAAG